CUGGCCACUGCCAUGCAGCUCACCCCAACUGAUGAAUGGGCAGCCAAGUGUCCACGAUGCUUUGGCCCUCAAGAAUAUGAAAACAAAGCCCAUCCGGACGAGCCUGACGUCAUCAUCGCCAUGGAUGGCAACUUUCAGCAGCGUCACUACGCAUAUGCCAGCAAGGAUAAUCCACCUGAGUCCAAAUAUCCCAGCUGCUUUAUCUGUCCAUCUAGAAUUGCACCAGAUGCAACACUCUUUACCACCACUGAAGCAGCUGCAGUUGGAAUUGAUCCGCCUUGCGCUGACACUCACAAAGCAGCCAAUGAUACUCGUGAUGACACCACCUGGGAGAAAUGUGAUGACAAUGGCUUGUUUGCUGGGGCUUGUCGACAUGAUGUACCACUAAAGUAUAUCAAUAUUUACAAAACAGGCGAAAAGUUAUACUAUCCUGUAUCAAUCAUCCGCACCAUCUUAAAUGACUAUCCUCGGCACAAGGUGGGACUGCUAUAUGACCUUGGUUGUCACUUGGAGUCUCAUAUGACAAAGCGCAACCUCUUACCAGAACGUCUGUCAGACUUAAGCUUUGGAACUUCAGUCUUCCAUGCUUAUGUGCAUGAGUGGGCAUGCCAGGUACGCUACAACCCACGGCUCAACCAAUGGUGGGGACUAUCCGAUGGUGAGGGACUAGAGAGGCUCUGGUCAUUUCUCUCCCCCUUAGUUUCGAGUCUGCGUGUUUCCACUCGAUUGCAUCGUCUCACAUCCAUUGAAUCUCGCUCGGAGUACUACACACAACAGCUGAACAAUAUGGCAGCCCACUGGCUGCUGGAGAAGCUUGAAUAUGCCAAUCAAGUACACGAUGAAUCUACUUUGGCCUUAGGUAGACUCCAUCAAGUCCCCAAUCCUCACACACCGGGGUCCAACUACACCAACGGGUUCUUUGACCAGCAGUGGCGGGAUGAACAAGCUUAUCACGUGAAUACCAACCGGUCAGCAGAGAGGGAACAAGUGGAGCUUGGCCGUCUGUUGUGUUUGGAAGAAGAGCUGAAUGAAGCUCUGUCUUCUGUGGUCACAACACCUGAGCAAGCACUCAUGCGGGCACGCAAUUGUGCAAUAGUGAGAAGACAGCUUGAGGCCCAACGAUUAAGGGCACAACCAAUACCAGAGGAUUCUCAUUUGAACCGUACCCAAAGGGAAAAGCUCACCAAAGUGUGGUAUGCCAAAACUGAGCUGCGCCGAACUUUCUUGGCCCUGGUCGAGGAGAAGCAGCCAAUGCUUCGGGUGCGCCGUGCAGGCGAAAGUACCACCCUUGGUACCCGUGGACAGCAAAGGCUGACAGAAGCCCUCCGCAAGCGAGCAGCCAAGCUUCAGACAACCCUGAAUACUUACAACCGACUGGCACGAGCGUUCAUCCAAAUCACCCCUGAUCGUCCAGCUCCUUGA